AUGGUAGUUAAAACAGCCAAUUCCGAUAAAGCAACGAAGACCAAACAGUCUCACAUCGCUUCAGUGUGGAACCGUGCUAUCAAACCCAAUUCGGAGUGGGCUGAAAAGGAUGAUUUUCUGGAUGUAGUAUACUGGGCCCGGCAGGUGCUAAGCAUUCUAAUUGGAAUAGUAAUGGGUCUCAUUCCACUGAAAGGAUUCGUUGCGCUUGCUUUGUUUGCCUUGCUGAACUGUGGUGCCGUUUAUCUGUACAGCACCAGCUUCCAGAACAUUGACGAAGAUGCGUACGGCGGCAUGUGGGAAGUGGUGAAGGAAGGGUUCAUGACAUCUUUCGCGUGCUUUUUGGUCACGUGGAUUAUCUUCUACACCGGCGUCCAUUUCGAUAGCGUUGUAAUAGAGAAGAGUCUCUAG